CCAACUGGGCAAGCAGCUGGACGAUUAGUAUAAAUACCGGUGGCACUACGUCUAGUUUAUACGACUUUUCAGUCAGUAGUCAAGAAAAUGAAACGCUUUGUCGCUCUUUUGGCACUUGUUGCCUUCGCAAAUGCCGCGUCUGUGGGCCAACCCAUUGAUUCGCACUCCAUCUCAAGCACUAUUGUGGAUGUGAUUGAGGGAAUGAAGGAGCAGAUGCCAUGCGGUUUCCCCGGCGUGGGAAUUCCGCCUAUCGCUCCCUUGAGAAUUAACCACAAAGAAAUCAACAUCGAUACCAGUGCCUUAAAGAUGAAGGGCAGCAUUGAUCACUUCCGUCUCAAUGGUCUUAACGAUUUUGACAUCGACGAAAUGAAGGUCAAUCCCAUUACCAGCAAGGUCACAUACAAGUUCAACUUCCGUGAUGUUAAUGUGGACACCACCUAUGAUAUGGAAAUGCUUCUCAAGAAGUUCGGUUUCACCAUUAAUCUAAUUGGUGCGGGUCAUGCCAAGUUCGCCAUCAAGGAUAUGGUCAUCUGGGGCACAUUGAAAUACUCCCUGGGCGUGCUCACUGGCAAGCUUAAGCUAAAGUCUCUGGAGGUGCGCACCCACCUGGGAGAGGUUGAUUCCGAGAUUGAGGGUCUCCUUGGUGACGGCAGCGUCAACGAGAAAAUGAACGAGUAUCUAGCCGAGGUCGUUGAGACGGUUAUCAAUGAGAACGAGGAUCUGAUCGCUGAGACCAUUGAGAACGUUGCUCUGCCCGCAGUCAACAAUAUUUUGGAUGAUGUGAACAUUACCGAUGUCAUUGGUGGCGGUGAUGGUGAUGGUGAGGGUGGCGAGAAGGAGGCCUGCAUUCCCCCAGAGUUGGACUGGUAAACAAUGUAAAACAUUAUUUUGAUUAAAGUCCUUUUACGAAAAAUAAAA